CUUUUUAUUAUUCUUUAGCAGUUAUUUGUUCAGGAUUUCUCAUGUCUUUCGUAUAAAUUAUAUUCUUCACAGUUUUGGAUUCUAAAAUGAAAGUGUCUGGUAAUACUUUAGUUCUUUCGAUUUAUUCUCGUUUUAUUCUUUUGAUCACGUUAAGCUAUGCUUGUCCUCCAAGUCUUGAUAGUUUGAAUCUUCCACCACCAGUAAUUCAUAGAGAAUGCCUAACAAGAAACAGCUGCCAAAAUGGAUAUAUCUGCCGAUUGAAUAGAUGUGUUGGUGGAAGAGCAUUGGCAAGUAAAACUAAAUAUGUGAAUGAAGAGGAAUCCGAGUACUCGUUAAAAAUGGAACAAUGUUGUGUGGAUAAUUUACUUCCGGAGAGAUGCAUGGGAUUCUGCUCAUUUGAGACUUAUAAUGAAUCUUCCAUCUUUCGACUGCUCGCGGAGCCCAGAAGAUGUCCAAGUUCAUCACUUAGAACUAUUCAUUUUUGUGCAUCUAUGAAUAUGGAUCACACAGAAUGCUGUGAACAGAGUCGUAUACCAUCAAAUUGUGUGGAUCUAUGUGCUCCUUCUGAUUCGGAAGUUCGAUUUGAUGAAUCAAAACUUCAUUGUCUUCACUAUCUUCCAAUAAUGAAAGAAUGUUUUCAAUCAAAUUAAAAUUAAUAAAUAAUCCCUAUUUCCU